AUGGGCUACACGUACUCGCGGCCGUUUAGGAGGCUCACGUACGUGUGCGAGGCGUCGCCCACACCCCCCGGCGAUCCACCCCCGUUGUUGGGGUGGCACGUCGAGCGUGUUGAAGAACGACCCCGUGAUUCCGCGCGUAGUAUGGCCACGCUACGCCGAGGCUCGAAGCCACCCCGUCACGGAGAACGCUUCGGGACUUCGCGCGACUCCCUCGGCGUCGUAUCGGAACGACCACCGAACCGACUGUCCGUCUGGGGAUGCUCGACUUUUGAUCAGCCGCGAAGGAUGGGCGCAGGAGACAGAUUACUCGACAUACUGUGUACUGUAUGUGGUGAUCGUAGCUCCGGAAAACACUACGGCACCUACAGUUGCGACGGUUGUUCAGGAUUUUUCAAGAGAAGCAUCCACGAAAAUCGAAAAUACGUCUGCAAGGAGCAGGGUGCUCUGAAAGGGCGCUGUCCCAUCAAUAAGAAACUGAGGAACCAAUGCCGAGCUUGUCGUCUUGCUAUGUGUUUCAAAGCUAAAAUGAAUAGAGACGCAGUACAACAUGUACGUGGUCCGAGAAAGCCGAAACCUCACUCGAUGAUUUCGGAGAAACAACAGUCGCCGAUUGAUAGCAGUGAUAGAUUGAGGACUGGUCCCGGUUCCGGUUACGUCUUAUUACCUUCCAGAAGGUUAAGGUGCGACCAAAGGAUCAUGUCUUACCCAAGGCCGGUUGGGCUGGUCCAGAAACCACCGGAGGACUCUCAGUCCCCUGUACCACUGGCUCUUUCGCAUUCUCCUUCGACCACGACCCUCUAUUCGGCGCCCCCGAGCGUCACCCUGCCGCCGCAACCACUUCUUCAAAUACUAAUGUCCGCGGAGAAGUGUCAGGAACUCGCAUGGAAUGCACGGCCACACCCGGAAUCAGAAUAUUCUUUGGAACAAACGGAAGCCAGUCUCAAUUCAACGGGGACUUUACAAACCCUUACACCUAUUCGAGAAUCACUACAGGAGACUACCGCUCGUCUACUAUUUAUGGCAGUGAGAUGGUUUCGUUCUCUACCACCUAUCCAGACACUUUCGGAAAACGAUCAGUUGGUAUUACUAGAAGGUUCUUGGACGCAACUUUUUCUCCUUCACCUGGCGCAAUGGUUUAUGCCCUGCAAUAUUACCGAGUUACUGGCGGACGAGCAAAUACGAGAAAGAUUAUCGAAAGACAAGGCUGCAACGAAUCAAGAUUUAAUUACAAUCCAGUCUAUAAUACGCCGCUUCAGACAACUUGCGCCCGAUGUCGGUGAAUGCGGAUGCAUGAAGGCAGUAGCACUAUUUACUCCAGAACUGGAAGGUCUCCAAGCGGUCGAAUCGAUCAGAAUGUUACAAGAUCAGGCUCAAUGCAUUCUGGGAGAUUACACAUCGUCUCGGUAUCUACAGCAACCUGGCAGAACCGGGACCCUAAUGUAUCUGGUCGGCUACCUGAAAUCAGUCAGCUCGAAGACAGUCGAGCGUUUGUUCUUCCACGAGACCAUAGGCGAAAUUCCCAUUUCACGUUUGUUGGUCAACAUGUUGCAGAUGUAA